AGAAGAACAUUCUAAUAAUGGCUCAAAUUAAAGGAUUGUUUGCUCUCCUCGCUGUGGUGACCAUUGUCCUAAUGGUGGCCAACUCGGCUUCGGCCGUGGAUUGCCCAUCUGGAAGAUUCAGUGGUCCUUGCUGGGCCUGGGAUGGAGAGCAGUGCCGUCGCCUCUGCAGGGAGGAAGGACGUGUCAGUGGACACUGCAGUGCCAGUCUGAAGUGCUGGUGCGAACAAUGCUGAGGAUCCUCAUCGUCCAAUAUGUUUGACACAUAUGUGUGUCAUAUGUUUUUUAUUGUUUUGAAAAGAAAAAUAAAGAAUAUACUUCACAGC